GGCAGUGUCAAGCGCUCUGGGGCAGUUCUCUAAAUUGCUGGCGGAGAUAAUGCUGAAUCCCAUUGUGGUGGACGAGCGACCUAUCUCGUAGGGAAGUACUAGUACAGACUUUCGUCCCUCGAAUCGCGGCCGGCGUGGUACGCGAUGACGGGAUCAAGCUUCUUUUCCCUAUGUUCGGCUCUGGAAGAGGCGUGCCGGACUUCGCAGUUUACACGUACGUAGCACCCGCGUUAACGAGUUAGGACUCAUGGUCCUGCUCCAGGUAUGGCGACGUCAUUUCGUCCCUUCAAUUGUGUGCGCCCUCUGGCAGGUGCGCCGUGGUGCAAUGCAGGACAAUGCAGGAUGCUGCGGGAUACCUAGAAAGCGCCUUCAGACGGGUGUCCAAGCUGCAGCCCCCCCGUGGCCCGGUGAGGCUAUUUUGUCCAAGGCGGCACCGCGAAACCCAAACUUUGAUCAGUGCGGGGGAAUGCCCGCCAUGGCAAUUGCGAUGGCGAUCGACAACCGAUGUCAUCGGAGGCUACGGGGCGGGAGCAGCCAGGGGCCGAAGAACCUUGCGACUGGAAUCCAACUCUCUAACUCCCGGCCUCCCUCGUGGUGGUGCGAAUUGAUGGCCGGUGGUUGGUAUUUUGCUUGGUUUGUUGGCUGACUGCACGCCAUCACACACAGAGCAGCAACAGCCUUUCUAUUGUAAUGACGACUAGUGUAUCUCGAUACGCUUUUGUCUGUGCACCUUGGUUACCAGCCUCCUAUGUCCUCAUCUGAAGUUUGUCGCCAGCCCGAUGGCAUAUUAGA